AGUGAUAUAGUAAGUAGUUCUCCAACUCAGGGCAUUUGAAGUUUAAUUCAGACCUUGGGAAACAAAGGAGGGGUAAAGAUUAAGAACAAAACAAACUAGUGGUAAACAUUCGAUUUCUGAAGAAGAAAGCUCCCAAUUUUUUGAGUAUUGCAAAGUAUCACAUAUGUUUGUGAAAUCUGUUGGGAAAAAAAUAAAGUAAAGGAAAAAAAACAGCUGUGUGGAAAGGUAAAGGCAAUGGGAAAUACUAAACUUACUCCUUAAACUGAGCAUGCGUUUCAAUUUCUGGGGACGUCUGCCUUCAGAGCAGGGCUAGGAUUUAAAUUUUGGGAAAAGGGCAGAGGUUUGUCUUCUUGUUUUUUUUUUUUUUUUAAAGGCUGAAGUGUUUUUUCAGAAGCAGCAGUCUCAUCCUGGCACUCAGGAGGAAAGUAGAAGGUACCUUCAGUUCCCCAUCAAAUUCUUCUGGAGAAAGGCUAAUUGGUGAGGUGGGAAUCGACUCCAUUGUUCCCGAGAGGACACCUUGGGUGUGAACAGCAAGGGCAGGCCAUAUCGCUCACCCUAGGUGCUCUUCAGUUUAGACCAUCCCUCUGGGAAAGCCGGGUGAGCAUUAUUUUUCUUACACGAAGCUCUCUGCAUGCCGUCAGUACUCUUUAGGACCUCAGGGAAACCCGAGCGUUUCUGGCUUUAGGACCCAGGAACUCUGAGGCAGCCUGGCUUUAGAUGUCUUGGACCACAGCACCACCUACUUAUAGAAGCAUCCCGAGCCUUAGCUUGUCUGCAUCUCCAUCGGAAAGUGCGCUGGCUACAUCCCUUCGGCCUCCGGGCAGUGUUCUGUCUCCCUUAGCUCAGGCAGCGAGAAACUUCAGCUGCGAAGUGGUGGUGGAGAGAGCCCUGGGAGCAGCGACUGGACCCGGACACCAAGAAGAGAGUGGACGCGCCCCUCGACUAGGAAUCGCUCUCGCAGGCGGAGACCCAGCAUCUCAGCGCCUGCGGUCGCGCUUGCCCGGCCGCGCGCUUUUGCUAGGCGCCGCCAGCCCCGAGGACCCUCGGGGUCCGCGGACCCUUCUGCAGCCGGCGGAAUCCUAAAGCUGCCAAGAGCUCCCGGCGGGUGUCCGCAAACUUUUUCCGAGCCCACGUGCUGACCAAACAGCCCGGCUCGCUUCCAGAGCCUGGCAUGGAGCGCCGCGCCUAGGCACGCCGUGCAGCCCGAGAGACGCGAGCGCACGGUAGGCGAUCUACACCUGGUGCUGGGGCGCUGGGAUAGCCCAUCCGGGGAGCGAAAGGCUUCAGAGCGCCCCUUGAAAGCCCUGCGCUCGGCUGCUUCUAGAGCGCCUUUCCUUCUGCAGAGCUCGCACAACGCCCUUUCUCCAGGGUCAGAAGGCAGUGCUCCGCAGAGGUUGCUAAUUCACUGAUUGUAAUCACCUUCCUCUCCAAGUCUCCUGCAGCUGUGCCAUCUGCGUUAAACUGCUGCGUGGAUCGUGCCAGUUCACCGUGGAGGGAGAGAUGCUCAUCGAGCCAAAUUGAUCAUUGCAGCCGCAGGGCAGUGACAUCUGUCUCUAAGUCCUCCCUAGGAGCGCGACCCGCACUGUCUCCUUCCAGGAGCCCGUCAUUUCCUCGACUUUUGAGAGGUGUCUCUCCCCAGCCCGACCGUCCAGAUGCGUUUUUGCCUCUUCUCAUUUGCCCUCAUCAUUCUGAACUGUAUGGAUUACAGCCAGUGCCAAGGCAACCGAUGGAGACGCAAUAAGCGAGGUGGGUCGCGCUCGGCUGAAGCUAGUUAUGUAUCAAAUCCCAUUUGCAAGGGUUGUUUGUCUUGUUCGAAGGACAAUGGUUGCAGCCGAUGUCAACAGAAGUUGUUCUUUUUCCUUCGAAGAGAAGGAAUGCGUCAGUAUGGAGAGUGCCUGCAUUCCUGCCCAUCAGGGUAUUAUGGACACCGAGCCCCAGAUAUGAACAGAUGUGCACGAUGCAGAAUAGAAAACUGUGAUUCUUGCUUUAGCAAAGACUUUUGUACGAAGUGCAAAGUAGGCUUUUAUUUGCAUAGAGGCCGCUGCUUUGAUGAAUGUCCAGAUGGUUUUGCACCGUUAGAUGAGACUAUGGAAUGUGUAGAAGGUUGUGAAGUUGGUCAUUGGAGCGAAUGGGGAACGUGUAGCAGAAACAACCGCACGUGUGGAUUUAAAUGGGGUCUGGAAACCAGAACACGGCAGAUUGUUAAAAAGCCAGCAAAAGACACAAUACCAUGUCCGACCAUUGCGGAGUCCAGGAGAUGCAAGAUGGCCAUGAGGCACUGUCCAGGAGGUAGGUCUAAACAGUUAUGCUCAUGUGCUGCCUGCUUUCUGAAAAUUUCCUUCUUCCCUCCUCCCAGUAAAUGCUAUUUAUUCAUGAUGGAAACCUGAUACUAACAUUGGAGAUGAGAUAAAAAUCCUACCUUUUUUUUUUAAAGAAACAAAUGCUUAAGUUGUUGUGAUUUAUAUACAGUGAACAUUUCAUUUGCUGUUUUAAUAGUUUUUACAUAGCUUGAAGGAGUAUCUAUAUGCUUUCAAAAAUGAGAUUUCUAAAAGUGUGGGUUGUGUGUUGUGUCUCUCUGUGUGUAUAUGUGUGUGUGUGUCUCUCGCUCUCUCUCUCUGUGUUUUCAAAUGUGCCAUAAUAAAGGGUUCUUAUGAAGUUGGGCCUUUGCAGAUGGUGCUCAGAAGAAGGGGCCAACUUUCAGUUGAGAAGAGUUUAGAUUCAAAAGUUUAUAGAAUCUGUAAAAUUAUCUGCAUCAUUACUAGUUGAAGAUGACAACUUUAAAUAAACUUACCCAAACACGGGGAGGAAAAAACCCUGCCUUAAUGUUACCACAAUUAGCCCUGUCUCUUUGUUUUGAUAAUAAUUUGUAGCAAACAGCUACUGGUAUGUGUGUGCUUAACUCUUUGUAAUAAUUAUACUGAUUUGCAGUCAUUAUUCUAUAAUAGCUGGAUUAGGCUCAUUUGGAAAUUAGGAGAGGAGUACCUAGCGAGGUGUUGGACAACACAGAACCAGGAGAUCAAAAUGCAAUUCUUGUGUGUAUGCAUAUAGGGGUUGUGAAUACAUAUGUGUUUGUGACAUGUAUGUGUACAUGUGUGUGCAUGUGGAGGCCAGAUGGCAACAUUAGGCAUCUCCCUUUAUUGUUUUCAACCUUUUAAAGGCAUGGCCCCAUACUGACCUGGAACUCACUAAUUUGGCUACACUGUUUGGCCAGCAAGGCCCUAGGACCCUCUGUCUCUGUGCACUUUCUGCAAGGCUAGAGUUACCUGACUUGUAUGUAGAUGCUGGGUAUACGAACUUUGCUCUUCAUAACGGUCCAGCUAGCAUAUUACUGACUGAGCCAUCCAGCGUAUUCAGAUGGAAUUUUCACAAAGUUAGUGUGCUUUGUAAAGUAGUAAUCACUUGUUGACACUUUCUGUACCACUGGCCAAAGCCAUAUUGCCACAGAUUCAACCGAGGUGUGUUUUGUUUUGUUUUGUUUUGUUUUGUUUUUAAAUGUACAAAUUAAAAAAACACACACACAAAACAAAACAAAGGAAAGUUGUUUUUGGAAAAGUGCCUUUAAAAUACUCCAAACUUUGGGUUGCCCUCUUCCCCCGUCACCCACUGUUGGUGAGUGAUUCUCAACCUUUUCAUUCAAGCCCAGAAAGAGGCCAAAGAGCACAUAGCUGCCUGCAGUGAGUUUCUAGCCACACUCUGCUGCCUCACAGAGACUGUCCAUGAUCCAUGGAGAAAGACGAGACUCUGAAGCCUGGACGACUCCAGCUGCCCUCCGAGGACGAUUAGAUUCGGAUUCGGAAGCUCCCGGGGAGGAGCCAGCUUUUCCUCUUGAAUUAGUCUUGCUUUUCCUUACUGGUCCUUUGAAACAAAGUUUUCUUGGGUCUGCUUUUCACUAACAAGGAUGGUUUUGUUCCCUUAAAGUGGGUAUUUUUCAGUCAAAAUAUAAAAAAAUAUUUUCUUACAAAACUAAUAAGCCAUGUCUUGGAUAGCUGAGAGCAUUUAACCUGCAACCUUUUGCCUAAAAGCAAACCUGAUGUAUUCAGGUAUGGGAAAGAAAGACUUUCUUUGUUGUGUAUUGUUUAUAUAACUUUCCCCUCCCCCCCCCACUCCUUUUCAGGCAACAUGGUCCUGCAAUUGUGGUUUACAUUAAUAGCAAAAAUUAAACUUGAAAAUAUUCUGGUAACAAACAUGCUUAUGUGUAAUAAGAGCCCUGAUACCACUCUACCCUUUGCAGCCUUUUAUUUUUCUGGCCUUAGUCAUGAUUGAGCUAUUUUCUAGAGAGCGGAUAGGUUGUUACCCAUAAUGUUUAUUAUAUUUGCAUUAUUUGUGCCACCAACAGUUACCAUCUUAAUGGAAUAUUGGAAUAUGAUUGACUCCACUGAUAAAUUAUGCCACAAAAAAUGGCUGAAGCCUGAUUUGCUGGGUUUUUUUUUCCCCCUUCAAACAAGUGAAUCAGAGAUAGAUUCUAGCUUAAACUUUAUUUACGUUUUAACCAUAUUUUUCCCAUUAAGCACUGUUCUAAUCUCUGUAACUAUCUAAUUUUCAGUUACUAACAUGAUUUUUUUUUGUCUCGAUGUCAAAUAGCAAACACUCAUGUCUUUAUAAUAGGGUUUUCAAAGAUAUGCUGGAACUUGUUUUAUUGUUUGAUUUAAAGGCAAAUAAGCUAAAUUAGUAGAAAUUAAGGGCUCUGUAAUAAAAUGACUUCUAAUUACAAAUGUAGGAUAUAAGAACUAAGAAAUUAAUUGUGGAAAGUGAGCAGCAGUUGCUAAAAAGUGGCAUAACCUCCAGUGGAGAGUCCCACCUUGCCUCAGGUGAGAGCGGGGGAAAGUCCCUUUCUUCAGCUGGUCAUGCUGAUUACAGGAAGAAUGGAGAAGAAAACCGCGUUAUCCCCCUUUCCAUCUUGAUUUGAUUUCAGUGAUCAGCUUUGACAAACCAUGCAAAAAUGGAAGUCGUAAUCAGGUUGGAAAUACAGGCAUUUUUCAGAUCUUUUCAACAUAUGUAUGGAUUUUUCUCCCGUUGGAGCCAAUCUUAACCUGAUUGCACUCAAAUGCAGCCUGAGCCCCCUUCACACUGGAGCACAGGCAUAUUAAAAUCAGCUGCUUUCGAUUAUGGAAAGGCCGGAGUUAGAGGUCAGCAUCAUAGAAUAGCUGCUGCGUGUCUAAGAUGUUACACUGAAAGCUAUUAAAUAGGAGAAAAUGAACAACUAGGAAAGAAAAAAUAACAAGAAAAACAUCUCAGUGUAAUGAUCUAGCAUUCUAGUUUUUCACCCAUCACAGCCUGAUCUGCCUGUGAGGGGCAAAAGGAGAAAACUAUAUAGAAAUUUUAAUAGAUGUAUUUGUGCUAAAGUACUCAUUUCAUUUCUAAACUUUUGGUUUCGAUCAGUUGCCUUUUAUUCAACUAUGAAUGAAACAUGUAAGAUUUCUUGGACUUUCCUAUCAGUCCUCAGAGGUUUGGUCUAUGGUCUGGGUGUCUACAUCCUGUCCACUCAUAACUUUUAUGACCCCCCUGACAAGUCACUUAAUACUUGGCUCUUAUUUCCUCAUUUAUAAACUGAAAAUACUGAUGGGGGAGAUCUCUAAGAUUUAGACUUCUUCUAAACUUAAUUGCAGGCUUAAUUGCUAAAAGGAGCAGGUGAGGUCUGUGGUUUCCUAUAGAAGACAAGGAAAAGAGCCCAGAGUGACUGUGGAGAUGACUGUGUUUCUGGUGGUUGUUGCCCUGAGCAUGUGCUGAGCCAUCUGCAAUUGGUGGGUUUUCAUUCUCCUGCUCCAAAAAUGACUUCUGUGUAUUCAACCUUCAAAGGCUAAAGAAGAGUUAUUUUAAAUGUAGGUGUGACUGCUGGCUUAGCUACCAAAGAGAAGGGUAAGGGAGGAACAAGAAGAGACGAGGGAGAAUAAAAAAACCACAGGAGGAAAAAAAAAAAGACAAGACAUUGAAUUGAUAGUCUUUGGGAAACAAGUGUGAGGAAGAGUAGACCCCUAAAGAGUCAAAGUUGUACUUGCUAUAGAUACAGCCAUCCCUUCCCACCUCCCCAGUGUUAGAUUUCAUCCUGGUGGGAAGAGUAUAGUUUAGUAAUAGCUCAAAAACUCUGGAUGGGAGAAAUUUCAUGUCUAGUUUAAGUUGUAUAUUAGGCAGCAUUUUAAGAGAAAAAGAUAAAUGGGUUAUUAUAUAUUUGAAUGCUAAGUGGGAAAACAACCACGAGAUGUUAAAGGAUAGUAAUGGAAGAGACACAGAGACAAAUACAGAGGCACAGGGGCAAGGAACUUUGUGGAGUUCUUUCCUACGCUUUUUGUUCCAGGGAGCAAAGGCAGGUUCCUUGGCUCCUAUAGUAAAGUGUGUUUUCUUGUUUAAGUAGCUCUCUGGCUCUAACAGCAAGUUUUGUUAGAUGUUUGUUGAUUAGUGCUUAUUGUUCUAUUGCUUAAAGAAUUCUUGAGUUUUUCUUAGAAAUACUAACUCUGUAGAAAAGAAGUAAAUGGAUGAGCCUGUAUAAUUUCAUUGUAGGCAUAGGCUGUAUAGGAAAGAAAAGCUGGGCAAGGAGGGCUUUCCCUGAGAUGUGCUGACCCGUGUUUGAUAUUUAGAGAGGUGAGAGUUGAUGUUUGGUCAGGAAUCUGUGGUCCUGUGAAGAUCAAGGAUACAUGUGUUGUAGUUGUUGACUCAGUGACUAUUUUAAUAUUUUUGGUCCUCCCACAAUAUCUUGGGGAAGGAGGAUGAUCCAGUGAGUGCCUGGGAGGCUCUGACUGGCCCUUAGGAAGUUGCUAGUGGCAGUGUAGAGUUUGACCAAAGUCUUGCUGCAUAGGAAGGCUGAGUUUCUUGUGGCUUUUCCUUGUUCCUAUAGUGAAGGUUAAAGGAAAAGCCACGACUGUAUUGGAUCACGAGGAACUCAAAACUUCAUGCUACCUCCAUUCCUUCCUGACAUCUUGCUAUGUAGAAUAACAAGUGAGGUGAAAUCCAGAGGUCAUCUAUCAUAUUUGCCAAAGCAUGGGACCACUAACUGUGCUUAGACUCAUACUUUAUGAAAAUCCUACCCUCCUAUAAUUUUAGUGUUGCUGGUCUUCACUUCACUGGAUAUGUAGCCUCAAGACAGUCCUUUCAUAUCUAGUGCUUCAGGGUCAACUUUCUGGAUGAGGCUGCUUGGUGUGUGUGUGUGUGUGUGUGUGUGUGACAUUUAGCAUCAAUUCCACAUAUGAUAGAUCUGUACCCAUCAUUGCCUUUCUUUCUUAAACACUUCAGUAAUCAGCCUCUUAGGUGAUGCUCUGACCGAUGCUCAGUAGCUUUCUGUAUUUGGUGUUGUGACUGCCUGUGCUCACUGUUAGUUUGUCAUAGUGUAAUUCUUUCAGCCACACUUGUUUUCUUAGCAAUAUGUCAACAAGGUAAAUAUGAAGCCUGCUACUAUAUAUACUAUUUCAAUUUGAAAAUAAUUAAUCCUGAUUAUGGGCAUUACCUAGUUCUUGCCCACUACUUUAUUUUCAGAAGUAGUUCUUACGUUAGUAGGAAGCAAAUGACAAAAUUAUUUAGCAACUUAGAAUCUUAAGUUCUUUAAAUGUCUACUUUUCAAAGGUGACAAUAAUAAGACCUCACUAAUCUCUAUUUGUGUGUGUGUGUGUGUGUCUGACAGAGAGAGAGAGAGAGAGAGAGAGAGAAUAUAAACUGACAGUCUCAUGUAGACUAAGCAUUAAAUAAUAGAACUAAAGAUGCUUGCAGAUGGGGAUGGAUUAAACCAAGAACAGGAAAUAAGCACAACAUCAGUAGGACAGGGUCAAGAAACUAUGCUUUAGACAUGUGUUCCUUAUUUCUCAACAUUUUGUUUACAUUUGAGUUGCAAUUUAUGUGGUCAGUUUUCUACAUGCCAGCCUCAAGGAUACUCUGGAAGAAAGAAUUAGACGAAAAUACUUUCCUUCUGAGACUUACACGUUGUCAAAGGUGUCGUUAAUGCAUGUUUUCAUCUGAAGCAUCUAAACAGAUUUGGUUGUUGUUGUUGUUUGUUUGUUUGUUUGUUUUGCAUUUCUCUGUGUUCUGCUAAAUACUUUGCUGUAUUUCUUUUAGCAGUCAUUUGUUUGCGUUUGUAUUGAUUUUGAAUUAAGAAAAUCAUAGUGCUGCUGGGUAAUUUGUAUACAUGCAUAGUAUUUGUAGUGAUUGUAAACCUGUAAACCUGAAGUUACCCAUAGCUGCCACUUUGUAAAUGUUUAUCAUCACCAUCAUCCUCAUCAUCUGAAACUGAUAUACUUGCUCACAAAAAAUUCUGGCUGUAGAGUGUCUAAAACUCCUAUUUUAGGAGCUGAAUGUUAUCUUGAGAAGUGCCCUUUUCUGGGACUAUCAUGCCCAGCUUUAAAAUUUUUCUUUUCUCUUAUUCUUAGAAAAUGAGCAGAGGAUAAACAUUGGUACCCUGCUGUUGGUGGUAGUAGAAAUUUUCAUUGCUAUUGUUGUAGGUGGUGGUAUCAGUAGUAGUAGUGGUGUGUGUGUGUGUGUGUGUGUGUGUGUGUGUGUGAGUGUGUGUGUGAGUGUGUGUGUGUGUGUGAGUGU